AAAAAAAAUAAAAUUGCACGUAUCGUGCAUAUCGUACAAACGUAUCGUGUAUCGGACGAUACAACGCAAAAACGAUACAUAACUACGAUCCGUAUCGUUUUAGGGCUGUAUCGUAACGUAUCGUACGAUACGUAUCGCGUAUCGUACGAUACUAACAACUAUGGUGUUAAUUUUUAUCUUCUUUCACACUUGGCUUUCCCUUUAUUUGGAGUUACAUGUCCCAUUUCUCGACAUAGCUAAACUAGUUUGGUUGGUGUUUUCUAGAUUUGUAUCAUAUCGGCUCUACUUUUACCAACUCACAAAUAUGAUCAUUUUUAAUCAUUUACUUUACUUUCUUUAUUACUAUACAUCAAUUUUUGCAUCUAAAGUUUUGCUAAAUGUACUGAAUAUGUUUUGUCUUAGUUACCUAGCAUAUUAUAUUACAGACACCGGUGUUGUGUCUGUAUUGUUACGGACACAGGGAUGCAACAAAAUUCAAAAUAUAGGACACGGUUAUAACGAACAAGUCGUAGCAAACAUUGCAUAUACGGCAAGCAACACAAUCAUAUUAACCCUAAAUAUCUAAUCCCAAAAUUUGAAACCUAAAUACAAAAUCAAAUUAACAAACCAGAUAAAUCUAAACCCUAAAUACCAAAUCAUUGCACAAAAGUAACAAAACCCAAAAAAAGAAAAAAACCCUGGUGAGGAUCGACCAAAGUCGAUCGAGGCUUGACCAUCGAACACAUGUAUCCAACACUGCCACAACCCUCCUCUCAAGUAUUCGUGCUUCCUAGACUAUGAUACAUAGCUAGUUUUUUUACUUACCUUUCGGCUUUAGAGGUGUACGUCGAUUACGUGAUGUACCAGAUACAUUCCACAACUUGACCUAUUUUUCUUUAAUUUUGUAAUUAACAUCAUCUCAAAUAUCACCCUACUUGUGAACCAAUAUUUCCUAGUUGAUACCAUGAUCAUUGAAUUUGUAUUGAAAUGUGGUUGACUUUAGAAAUUGUUCUAUGCAUAUGUGAUUUAAAAUAAUAUUGGUAGAAAUCGUACGAUAUGUUUUGUAUAGCAUAUUUGUUCCUUUGGUUCGAUCUUAAACUGGCAAAGCCCGCAAUAACGCACUUCUUUUUGCUCAAAUCUUCUUGUUCUUCUUCAAAUGGACAAAAUCCUAACUAUUUUUUGAUCUAUGUUGCGAAGAUGAAAUGAUGUCUCUCUUUCAAUCUCUUUUGCAAACAUGCAUCGCACGAAGUGAUUAGUCAGAUAAAAUGUUAUUUAUAUAAUUUUGUAUAGUAUAUGUUAUUAACAAGGAUCACAUUUUUUUUUCGGUCAUUUAGGAAAUAGAAACGUUUCGACGUGUUUCGAAAACGUUUCGAUCAGUUUCGGAUACAUAAUGAAAAAAAAUACAAAAUUUAAAAAUUAUUUUUCCAAAACAUCAGUCGAAAUAUAUCAAAGUAUCGUAAAAUAUAUUGAAACAAUUGUGCAAAUGCAUUGAAAUAUUAUAAAACAUUUUGAAACAUUAUAAAAUACCUUGAAAUAUUAAAAUUUCGAUUCCAUAACUGUUUUGUUUCGGUCUCCUUGAAAACGGAAACGUUACUGACGUUUUGAAACGAAUUUUGAUCCUUGGUUGUUAAACUUAUACAUAUAUUCAAUUUUGUAUCCUUUAAAAUUGAGCAUAUUUUACGAUUUACAACCAAAGUGGAGGUCGUACUAACUCCCUUUACCCUUGCAUGUUCCAACACUUAGUGUUCUUUACCUUUUGUGCUUUGGCUUUACUGUCCUGAUGAAUUACAUGUUUUACUUGUUGUUGCAUGACUUUCUAAUGAGGUUUAACAUAUUGUGGUUUGUAUGUUCAUCUGGCGCAGCAUUUAAAUGUAAAAUGGCUGUGACAAUCUCUUGGAUCCCUAGGUUUUGUUGUUUUGGUGUUUUUUUUCAGGUUAAAUUGUUGGGGUUCCUUGUGACUUGAAGCAUGAGUGCACGUGUUUGGGGAGUUUGUAUUGAUGUUAGUGGCAGAAGUGGGGUUGUUGGUGUGUUUCGAUGGGGUUGUUGGGUGGUGGGGUCUGCGAAAUGGUGGGAGGGGUUUCAAGGAAAGGGUUUUGGGGUUCUUGUUACUCUCCAUCAGGCUGUUAUCCCUCAUCUGUGUAAUCCCAUUAUGUUAUGUGACUUUUUGACACGAUCGUAUGACCUUGGUGGUGUUAUCAGUGUUAUGGCACUUAACGGCCUCUAUGUUCUUAUGACGCAACAUGGUCUAGAGUAUCCCAAUUUUUAUGAAAAGCUUUAUGCACUGUUGGAACCCUCUAUUUUUAUGGCAAAACAUCGGGCAAAUUUUUUCCAGCUUCUUGAUUCUUGCCUGAAAUCACCUCUUCUUCCUGCAUAUUUGGCUGCUGCUUUUACUAAGAAAUUGAGUAGACUCACGCUUUCUGUUCCACCUUCCGGAGCAUUGGUCAUUAUUGCGUUAAUUCACAACCUUUUGCGGAGACAUCCUUCAAUCAGCUGCUUGGUGCACCAGGACGGUGAUGGGACAGAUAAAGAUGCUUUAAGAGCAGAAAAGGAGAUUGGUGAUGGUGAAGGUGAAGGAUUCUCUGGUGCCAACAUGUAUAUGUCUAGUGACAAGCCAGGCAUUGAUCAUUUUAAAAAUGAGGAAAGUGAUCCUCUAAAAACUAAUGCCAUGAGUGGAAGAGUUUUUGCAUUAGGUGAUGAUUCUACCUUUGGAUAA